AUGGCAUCAGAAUCUGAAUCAAAUCAAUGUUCGAUGUGUCAGAAGAGCACCGGAAAAUGUAUAUGUGAUGGAUGUAAAAACUAUUUUUGCAUCAAACAUUUUAAUCAGCAUCGUCAACAGCUCUCGGUGAAAUUCGAUGAUGAAAUUGUCAUCACUCAUGAUGAACUUCUGGAACAAAUGAAUAGAGAAAAUCAAUCGAAUGCUUGUGCUUCGAAACUUUUCGAUGAAAUUGAUCGAUGGAAGACCGUAACAAUUGAAAAAGUUCAUAAAGCAGCUGAACAGGUUCGUGAUCAACUUACUCAACUGCUCAAUCGAGAAAAAGAUACAUUGACACAAGAACUAGGACUAAUGACAAAAGAAAUUCGUGAUCGACGAGACGAAGACGAUUUUGAUGAAAAUGAUAUUGAACAACUUCGACAAAAACUAAAUCAGAUACAAAUAUCACUAGAACAAUUUAUUCGACUAACAACAACGAAAGUCAUCAUAGUAACAAACGAUCGAAUUGAUUGGAAUCAAUUCAUCUACAUCGAAAAAGAAGACAACAAAAGGCCUACAAGUACAAAUAUAUGUUCGACGCUAUCCACAUCGACACCUUUCGGUACGACAGCUCAAACGGCUACAACAGAUAUAUUUGGUGUUCCAACUUUUACAAGUCCAUUUUGCACUCUACCAGUUACAACAAGUAUAUUUGGUACAACAAACAGUGCAGCUGCACCUGUAAUUGAUGCUGCGACUAAUACGCCAUCAUUCACAUAUUGUGAUUCUACUGUACCCACAACAAUAGCAACAAGUAUUUUUGGUACUCCAGCUAAAUCAUCACCUAAUACAUCUCCAGUUUUUGAACAUCUUAGUACACAAACUACUGCUCCAGCUACAAAACCGUUUUCAUUUUCAUCAACAAAAAGAAAUACUGCACCGUCUCCAUUUGGCACAUCGGCACGAACAACAGCAACUUCGUCAAUUAUUUAUUCGCAACCAUUUACUAGUUUUAGUGUUACUCAAACUCAGCCAGCAGCAUCAACAACAACUUCAUCAUUUGGUUUUUCUGCACCAUUUGGAUCAACAACAACAGAUUUUAGUGCACCAAUAAAUAUCACUCAAACACAAGUUCAACAACGAUUUCUUGCUGCAUCACUUCUUGAUCCAUUUGCUAGUUGUAAAAAGAAAGAUUUCAAUAAUAUUGAUCAAAUAAAGCCACCAAACGAUUUAAUUGUUGUUUCAACUUCAUCAAUAACACCAACAACAAUUACAACAUCAACAUCAUCACCGAUAGGAUUAUCUUUACAAUCAAAUUCUCGUAAAAUAUCAUCGUCAACUCGUCCAUUAGUAGAUAUAGGUUUUAGAUUAAAACCUGUUUCUUCAUCACCAUCAGUGAAUACAACUAAUGACGAAAUAAAGUCAUCUAAUCAACCAAUAUCAUUAACAACAAGACAAAUUGAGAGCCCAUCGACAUCAGAUUAUAAUGAUGAAGAAGAAGAACUUAGUUUAAUUGGAAGAAAUAAUAUGUCAAAAAAAAGUUUAUCAAAUGAUUCUAUUAAUUCAUCAUUUCAAUCAGAAUCUACUCGUUCACUUUAUCCAUUACAACGUCUUGCUGAACUUGAAACAUUAGCAAAUAUAAAUAAUAAUACAAAUAUGGCAUCUAGUGUUCAUACAACACCAUCACCAGUAACAGCUUCAACAACAACACUCGAUACUGCUUCAGCUCGUGUUUCUUUAACGACUGUUAAUAAUGAACAAAGUCUAAAUUCACCAAAUAGCAAUCGUGGAAUGUUACCUAUUCAUCAUUCAACUCCAUUUAUUGUUCAUAAACAAUCAUCACCUCCCAUGUCUCAUCCAUCAACAACACUUGUUCAAUCACUAACAUCUUCGUCUCCACCAUCAACAUCAAUUAAUUCAUUUCAACGAACAAAACCUUUACAUGAUUAUGAUUAUACAAACAUAACAAAAUCGAAUUCUAAUGCUUAUCAUUUACCAAAAUUAACACGUGAAUAUUAUUAUAUGAAACCAUNCAGACAUUAA